UUAAAGCGAUUUAAAGGAGAUGCAUAAUCAAACUCGAAUUGAAUAAAGUGCGGAAAGUCGAAGUGAACUGAUCGAACUGGAACAACGCAAUUCCAUCACAUUCAUUAUUGAACCAUGGUCGAGUCAUGUUAUGAAGUGGAGGCUAUAAUCGGUCAGAGAAACAGAAGUGGAGAGAUAAAAUACCUCGUUAAAUGGCUUGGUUAUCCAAAGGACAAAGCAACUUGGGAACCAAUUGAACAUUUAUACAAUUGUUUGCCAAAAGUCGCUCAAUAUUAUGAAGCAAUUGAAUUAAAAAGUAAAGGUAACUUCCCGGUUCAUUCGUAUUUAUCAGUGUUUACAAUUUGGAUAUGUUUUUCUCCAGGCAUUCGGCAAAUCAUAGACAGCGAGAUACACAAUGGACAUAAAUAUUUCCAAAUUAGUUUUAAUGGUGAAGAGAAAAAUAGAAGGAUUGACUAUGAAACUGCCAAAUACCACUUUGCAGAGGAUAUCAUAGAUUUUUUUGCAUCUCGAUCUCAGUGGACAUCAACCGAUAUCAACAGCAACGUUUCGAAUGGUGAACCAAAUGCAGAUCGUCCAGUUUAACAAACCAAACAUCCUAGCAUCCUAGUAUGAAAAAUCCAAUAACAAAAAAUACAAUUAAAACUUAGAACUAAAAGUAGGAUUCUUGAAUGUUAUGUAAAUAUGCAAUCAAAUCGAAACCAAGGCGUUUCUAUGCCGGUGAAGUUUAAUAAUGUUCCAUUUGUUGCUCAAUUGCAAAAAGUUCAAAGAAUUUAAAACUUUCGACAGAAUAAAAUAUAAUUUAAUUAAACUUUCUUUCGACAGAAGCCUCUCAUAAGAUAAGACUUCAGAAGCCGCAUCGUACUUGAACAACGAUAAGAAUUUUGUUUACAAAUAACAAAAUAUAUAAGCGUACAUACAGUUCUUUUUCACUAUCCACAGUAACGUAUAAGCGCAAGCGUCUGCGUUGUUCGUAAACAUAGACAUCGAUCGGUACGAUGCGGCUUGUUUAUCUUUCUAUGUGUACAAAAAAAGCAAUCACAAAUAAAGUAACAUUUUAAAUUAUCAA